AUGACCAUCGGUCGCUAUACUCGCCUCGAGGAGAUCGGCCGUGGGAGCUUCGCGACGGUCUAUCAGGGUAUGCAUAAUAGAACCAAGACCUUCGUCGCCAUCAAGUCCGUCAACCUUGCGAAACUCAACAAGAAGUUGAAGGACAACCUUUCCUCCGAAAUCGAUAUUCUCAAGGGCCUCCAGCACCCACACAUCGUCGCCCUGAUCGACUGUCAUGAAUCCACACAACACAUUCACCUGAUCAUGGAAUACUGCGCACUGGGAGAUCUAUCGCAGUUCAUCAAGAAGCGAGAAAGCCUCUUUGACCAUUCAUAUACUCGGGAAAUGAUCAAGAAAUAUCCAAAUGCACCGAGCGGAGCCUUGAACGAAGUCGUGGUUCGACAUUUCCUCAAACAACUCGCCAGUGCCCUCAAGUUCUUACGUGAUCGAAACCUCAUUCAUCGAGAUAUCAAACCACAGAAUCUUCUCCUUUGCCCGGCCCCUGUCUCUUAUCGGGAGGGAUCAGCACACAUCGUUCCAUACAAGGGUAGUGAUAACUCUUACGAUCCGACGACAGGACUGGAGACAUUGCCUAUGCUGAAGAUUGCGGAUUUCGGCUUUGCUCGAUCACUGCCGGCGACUUCCCUGGCAGAGACUCUGUGCGGGUCGCCACUCUAUAUGGCACCGGAGAUUCUACGAUAUGAAAAGUAUGACGCCAAGGCUGAUCUCUGGUCCGUCGGUACUGUACUAUAUGAAAUGGUAGUAGGACGGCCCCCGUUUCGUGCUACGAACCACGUCGAAUUGCUACGCAAGAUUGAAAAGGGAGAGGACCGAAUUCGGUUCCCAGAAGAUAGCACAGCUACGGAUGAUAUCAAGAGCUUGAUUCGUGGUCUUCUGAAACGCAACCCCGUUGAAAGAUUGAACUUUCCCGAAUUUUUCAUCAACAGGGUGAUCACAGAGCCAAUCCCAGGCCUUUUGCCUGAUGACUUGCCUCGACGACCGUCUGUGACCCCCGCCCAUGUCCCAGGGCCCUCACGAGCCAAUUCGCGAUCAGACAUACCCACUCCUAUCGAAACAAAACCAACAGAUUCUCCUUACCCCAAUGAGCCAGAGGAAACAUUUACCUACCCGACAUCACAAAGACAGCCCUCUUCGCGGCAAAAAUCCGAUACUCCACCCAUUGCUUCACCUAUGCGCCGCAUGGGAAGCGCAGAUCGACCAGUCUCAGGUUCUCCUAAAGAUCAACCCCGAGGAACACCACCGCAACGACCAAACCCUGUUUCUCAUGUCACCGCCCCAGGCCGACAAGAGCUUGUGGAUCGCAACGCUGCGACAGCUAUGGAGCGACAAAGAUCUCGAAACACUUAUUCCGCCCCAACCAAGACGAUUGAAGAUACCCGGACGGUCGAGGAACGUGAUCGGGCAGCCCAGGAAGUGGCAUUUGAACGGGACUACGUUGUGGUAGAAAAGCGUGCGGUAGAGGUCAAUGCAUUUGCAGAUGAGCUGGCUCAUAGCCCCCGAAUCCAAGGAGCGUUUACUCGGGGCCAAAGUGGAAACGUAUCUCGGCGCGCAACAACACAAGGUUUGCCUACUCUGGCAUCGACCUCUCCCCAACAUGCCAACUCCAAAGCUAUGCAGAUUGUUUCUGGAAGAACCCGGGCAGAUUCAACCCACCAGCGCCAACACUCCUACGAGCGACGCUAUGGGCAGAGCCCAUCCUCUGCGACAUCGGCCAUCUCCAAAGCCCUUAACAUGGCCAGCGGCCGCUUGUUUGGAAUGGGCUUCUCGCCUCCAUUGGCUAUCACAAAGGGAGGAAGGUCACCACCUUUGGCCUAUAAUCCUUUCCCGGCCUAUCCCGCUGGACAACCUAACUUGAUGAUUAUGGGCGAAGGGGCCAAGCCAAACGCGGCACUCGACGAGGACUACAAGACAGUCCAGGUGAUCGAGGAAUGUGCCACGCGCAGUGACGUUGUCUAUGGAUUUGCCGAAGUGAAGUACAAGCAGCUUAUCCCAUUGGCUCCAUCAGCACAUGGCGACCCAACCACAAAUACCGACGCGGGCGAUACUGGCGAUGAUGGACUGACAGUCGAUGCUAUCGUGACUCUCUCCGAAGAGGCAUUGGUUCUCUACGUCAAGGCUCUGUCGCUACUCGCUAAAUCGAUGGACAUUGCAGGCUCUUGGUGGUCACGCAAGAACCGAGAGGAAACCUACGGGGAUUCCGGUAAUCGCGGUGACGGCACCAGUGCACUUGCUGGCACUCGCAUUAACAAUGUGGUUCAGUGGGUACGCAGUCGGUUCAACGAGGUCUUGGAAAAGGCCGAGUUUGUGCGCUUAAGGCUCAUUGAGGGUCAGAAGAGGUUGCCUCUCGACCACCCUGGCCAUCCCAACAACCAUUCGAUUGGAUCCACUGCUACCUCAAGUGGCUCAGCCGACGUGGUCGUCAGUCCUGGCGUCACGGCAGAGAAGCUCAUGUACGACCGUGCAUUGGAGAUGAGCCGAGCCGCUGCUAUCAACGAAUUGACGAGUGAAGACCUUGCAGGCUGCGAGAUUGCCUACGUCACUGCCAUUCGAAUGUUGGAGGCUGUACUCGAGGACGAUGGACUCCGAUCCUCCAGCGGAAGCUCAUUCCAAGGCAGCGAAAAGUCAUCACUGGAUGCAUUACAAGUGGAGGAUCGACAGGUCGUGGUGAAGAUGGUGUCGAGCAUGCGCACUCGCCUGGGUGCUCUCCGCAAGAAGCUGGCUAUCUUGUCAAAGCGUGCGUCGGCACCAACUCCCACAAUGGCUAGUACCGGUCGAAUGCCCACAUCCAACUUGGUCCCCAUAUCACAAGCCACUCCGCCCCGUUAA